AGGAGAUGAAGGAGGAUGAGAAGAGAAUCUGUGUGACUGGUGCUGGGGGAUUCGUGGCUUCUUGGGUUGUCAACUUUCUUCUUUCGAGAGGUUACUUGGUCCACGGAACUGUUAGGAAUCCAUGUAACAGUGACGAGAAGAUUUCUCAUCUGAAAGGACUGAAGAAUGCUGAAGAGAAUCUGAGACUGUUCAAGGCGGACUUGCUGGACUAUGAUGCCCUCCGUGCUGCAAUUACCGGGUGCUCCGGAGUCCUUCAUGUUGCCUGCCCUGUUCCCAGCAAGAAAGUACCGAACCCCGAGGUAGAGCUGAUAGAACCAGCAUUAACAGGUACAAGGAACGUUCUGAAUGCGUGCUUGAAAGAAAAUGUGAAGAAAGUUGUGGUGGUAUCAUCGAUUGGCGCUGUUGUGAUCGACCCAAGUUGGCCCAGGGACCAGCCCAUGGAUGAAUCUUGCUGGACUGACCUUGAAUUCUGCAAGUCUAUCGAGGAAUGGUAUUGUGCUGCUAAGACCAUGGCAGAGACUGAAGCUUGGGAAUAUGCCAAAAGAACCGGCCUCAAAAUCACCAUGAUUUGCCCGUCAAUUGUUAUCGGUCCGAUGCUGCAGCAAACAGUUAAUGCCAGCAGCUUAUACCUCCUAAAUUUCUUAAAAGGAUUGGAACCGGCGGACAAUGGGCUUCGACCUUUUGUCGAUGUUCGGGACUUGGCUGAAGCGAUUUUGCUCCUAUAUGAGAAGCAAGAUGCAGAGGGAAGAUACAUAUGCUCGUCUCAUGAGAUCAGGACCCAAGAUUUGGUAGAAAUGCUGAAGAGCAUGUUUCCAUCUUACCGUUACCCCAACAGUUACAGAGAAGCGUCCACAGAAGUGAGGCUGUGCUCGGAGAAGCUACAGAGGUUGGGUUGGAAGUACAGGCCAUUCGAAGAGAUCAUAGCCGACUCUGUUCACAACUACGAAGAGGCCGGUCUCAUUCCUCGAGACAGGAAAAUUCCUGACUAAACCCACUGAUCAUCGCAAAUCUCAUUCCAGGAUAACGUGGGAUUCGGCGUUCCUCUCUUUGUUCCUACGAGGUGUACAUGUAAAGUGAGCAAGAAUGCUUUCGCCAUGCUUCUACCCAUAAAAUUGUUGCACGAGCUCCCAAUGAUCGUAUUGUCCCGAAACUAUAACAAGAUUUCCACAUGCGAAAAUAUAUAUUUCAC